AUGGCGAGCUGGCACUUUGACAAUGGAGACGAUUCGAUUUCACUUCUGCAGGCGGAGCUAGCUUUGUCUGAAGAGGUCGACCAAGACGAGGGACACAGGAGUGGCAUGGACGGUCUUGCCGCGGUUGCGGACACGUGUCUGCAGGAGAGAAGUGGGUCGGAGCCUGCAUGUGGCCUGGCAACUUCAUCGUUGACUCGGAGUGGGGGCCCGGCUAUGGUGACGCAAUCUCUGCCUGAAGUGGUUGCUGGGCUUGGUGCACCGGAGCAGCAAAGAAAUUCGCUAUGCCGCUGUGGACUGUUUGAGAAUGUGGUUGGCCAGCGGAAGACUGGUUUGAAGACGAAUGAGGAGGUGACUCGGUUGUUUGGGCCGAUAUGGACAUGGCUACAUCUCUUUCAGCAAUAG